CAUAUAGCCACUAAACACUAGAUCGAGUGUACAAAAUCAACGCGCAACUGUAUUGCUGGAGAAUCCACGUUGAUUGUUUAAAGAGCUCACCUAUUGCACCUGUGUGAGGUUGAAAAUACAAACAAGACGAUCACUGGACGAUACUAAAGAUCAUUAGCCAUACUAAGAAUAAAAAGCGUGAAGUAAACCUCGAUAAGAAUCAAUAAAUCGAAAUUGGGAAAAUACGCAGGAGUCACGUUUGGGUCAUAAGGUGAAAGUACCAAACUAUUGAUAGAAAUGCUGUCCCAAUUGUUUGAUUUAAAAGCCUCUUCAGGUAAAAUGUUACCUGUUGAACAAAUACACAAACGACAGGUAACGCUAAAGUAUUGAGUCACACAAAAUCAUCAUGGGGCCUACCACUACACACUAAAGACCCCCGUUUUUCCGAGAGAAGCUCAACUCUGUGGGAUCACCUAUAAACUCUCAGAGCUGCUACAGUACAGUAUUGGUCGCUGACGCGAUCGCACUCAAUGAACGUGCCUUCCUAACCAUCUAUCUUGUGGUCCGACCCAAGAAGUUGCGUAGACUAAUCUGUGGUUGUGUGCAAUUGAUCACCAGUUACUUGAUCGUGUGUGUCAGACGCCAACUCCAGCUCCACAAUGAUCGGGAGUGAUUAUGUAUUGGAAGCGCACAAUAUCUAUCACACGACAGAGGUCGAUGGGGGUGGAUGCUUCAGCGGUGGAGACACCUCAGCACUCGUCCUCAAGUGUGUCAAUUUAACCGUGCACAGUGGAGAAGUUAUGGCGAUCCUAGGAUCCAAAGGAAGCGGCAAGAGAGCCUUGCUGGAUGUGAUCGCAAGGCGCGGAGAUGGCUCCACUAGAGGACAGGUCUUACUAAAUGGAGCUCCUUUGACCAAGAGCCUAUUCCAGCAACGAUGUGGAUAUGUCACACAUGCUACUAACUUUAUUCCCGGACUUACGGUUUCGCAGACCCUGCAUUACACCCCCACCAUUUUUACUGGCUACUUGAAAGCUUCAAAGGUCCGUCAGAUUCUAGCUGAUCUAGCCCUGUCUCAAGUCAGCAAUAAAAGGGUAGAAUACCUUACAAUCAGCGAAAAGAGGCGACUUGCCAUUGGUGUUCAGUUGGUUCGCGAUCCAGUUAUGCUUCUCUUGGACGAACCCACUCAAGGACUAGAUCCUCUCAGUGCAUAUCUAUUAAUCUCAAUCCUGUCCAAUUCUGCUAAAAAGAGUGGUUGCGGUGUCCUGCUAUCCCUUGAAAAGCCUCGUUCAGAUGUAUUUCCCUUCCUGGAUAGAGCGCUGUUCCUUUGCUUGGGCGGUGUGGUUUACUCCGGAGGUACUAGGGCUAUGUUGGAGUACUUCCAUGGAAUUGGUUUCCCUUGCCCUCAGCUGGAAAAUCCUUUAAUGUAUUACCUGUGUCUUUCAACAGUUGAUCGAAGAAGCCGAGAUCGUUUCCUCGAGUCCAGUCAGCAAAUUGAGGCCCUUGUUGACCGAUUUGCUCGAGAGACUCCAAUUCCCGAAGCUCCCAUUAACCCCAUGACAGCCGGAAAGGUACCCUUGGCCUAUGGGAAACCCAACGAGAUGAAAGUCUUCGGGACAAUCUACUUACGGCUUCUGGCUUCAACAUUUUCAUGCGGUUAUGCUGGUAUGAAAAAUCUAUUUCUGAGAUUAUUUGCACUUCCUCUGGCCAUGUGUACCCUAUGGCUCUUCUAUACAAACUUGAAGGACGAUCAGAGGGGCUUCUUCAGCAAGAGCGGCAUGGUUCUCAAUGUUUUGGGAUUGGCGUACGGUUCCGGAAUCUUGACGACGAUCACGACUUUUCCCACUUGGAGAAAGAGAUUUAUACAAGAGAACGCUGAAGGAUUGUACUCAGGAGCUUCUCUACUGAUAGCUUACGACUCCGUUUCACUCCCAUUUUCCUUUAUAUCAGCAGCAAUCGCUUCAUGCGUGGUCUAUCCGAUCAUUCUCAAUCCCUCCAGGCCCAUUGGGACAGCCUUCCUUUACCUCUUAAUAGCACUGUGGACAAGUUUCGUUCUUGCAGAGCAGCUCUGUAUCUUAUUCCAUUUGUUCGUCAAAUCGAGGAUCAACACAUCAGUUGCAGUCGCCUAUUUACUCUGCAUCAGCCUCUCUAUGGCCAGUGGUACAGUGAGAUCCUACAAAGGUCUCCUUCCAUGGCUUCAGGACAAUUCCAGAGGAACUCAUACAAGAUACGCCUCUUUGCUGCUCCACAAUACAUUCUUCUUGUCCCGUCCUGUCAGUUGCACUGCAGGUCCUCAGACAGUCUGUGUGGCACCUUAUGACUUCCUCCACGAGCGUCUUGGCAAAGCUGAUCCCCAGGAAAGUGUUGAUCUUGCACUCUCAAUUGCCUUCCCAAUUGGACUAGCCAUCAUCAAUAUGAUCCUCUACAUGAUGCCACUGCCCAGAUUUGUAAGGAGGAAGUUCAGAGACUAAUCUUCAAAUUUCAAUACUUAGGUUUAAAAGAAUAUUUAAUAAUUUUUUUUCUUCAACUGAUUUUAUUUUCAAACUUAUUCAAAUGCAUUUUAUAACGCCUGAAUGUAUGUGAUUUGUAAGCGAUCGUAGAUUUAACGAUCAGUAUGAGUGAAGACAAUAAAAAUCUCUUCAGAAAA